AGGUUUCUCAGAGACGGAACUGAGGUUGACAAUGUGUAUGUGAUUGGUGGGAGUGUAUCAACAUGAUCGAAGCAGUUAAUUUUUGACAAGUAGUCUAAAUAAGUUCAGCGCAAUCAUGAGACGUCAAUCACGAGUAUCCAGUCAUGCUUCCCUACCGGAGCACAAAUCAGAAGCAGCUUCCAAUGAGAGAUCAACACGAUCUCGGACAUCAUCAGAAGCUCUGGUUGUUCUAGAUUUACCCAAAAUGAUUAGGACUAAGAAAACGGGUCAUCAUAGACCUGGAGGCCAGGGUCAAGAGACGAUUAAAAAUGGCAAAGGGAAUUCAAUUAUUGUUCCAAGCGUGGAGGGGGAAGUUUCAAAAAGAGGUUUGCGAAGUACAGAUCAUUCUGUUGCUAAUAAUAAAGACAUGACAGUUGCCGUUGACCACCUUGCUGGAGGGGACGCUAAUAAUUCAGGCCGCUCUAGAAGGAGGUCUGGAAGAUUGAGCACCACCCAAGAUGUUAAGGAAGACUUGGAGAAACCUCUGCCAUUGCCGCUCGGCGUGCAAAAGGAAAGUAGGUCUCUAAGACGGAGAACCAGAUCAGGGACAGUAGUGGAGCCUGUUGGAAAUGGUCCGUCAGGACGACAAGCUACAGACAGUGAUUCAGAUUAUCUGCAGUGCGAUCACCAGGAGACUAGAACUGAAGAAUCGAACCAGGUGGACGAUUCAAAAGGAAGCGCAGAUGCCUUGACGAUUGAACGCCAGCCGGAGCUGAGAGACUUACCCGAAUCUACCUCAUUUUAUGAACACAUAACAAACUCUUCCAAAUCAGAAGAGAUGGAACUUCAUAUCGAAACUGCAUCAAUUGCUUCCUCAGGAGUGGACGGUCUUGCUGAGCGGCCUCACAAGCUCAAAGAGAAGGCAUCAAAACAUGACUUGUCUACCACCUCCACUGAAGGACUGCUUUCCAGGACCAGUCCAAGACGUGCAAGGCAGGUUCAAUCCCUCUCAUCUGAGAGCAAAGAUAAUUUUGAUACUAACACGAAAAACUUGCCAGAUGAGGAGGAGGCACAAACUCAUCCAAGAAAUAAGGUCAGGGGAGAAAAGACAACUCCCAGGAAAAGGACGAGGAGCACCAGUAGUAGCAUCUCCCCGAAGAAACCACUAGAGAACCAGGCAGCAGAUCCUGUCCUGCCUGGUUCGCCUAAGCGUCGGAGAACCGCUUCAGUGUGUAGGGACCUAUCCCAAGACUUCAAUACAUCCAAACCGGCAGAUUCAGAGACACUCACUCCCUCUCUCCAACAAACUGAAUGCAAUAGCGAACUCAUACCUGACCCACCAGAUGCCUUCAACGGUGAUCAAAUCCAGGAAUCAGUCAGCGAUGCUAUCGAUAAAAUAAUUUUAAAGAAUAACUCUGUAGCUUCUAUUGAAACCUCUGCCCUUGUCCAACGUACACGACAUCGUAGUGGAACUUCCCCGCGGGGCACCCCUCAUAAACACACACAACUUGACCUGACAAGAUCUCCAACUAGACGUGGUCUACGAUCAAGUGGGACUGUAUUGGAAACCCCAGCUUCGGAAACCCCUUCAGAAGUAACUGUGACCCAAGGGUCAGAGGAGGUCACACCCUCCUCAAGCCCUGUUGUGACCCAUAGGAAGUCCUCCAGCAAGAAGAAGAGCUCCAAGAAGGAUGCGACACAUGAGAAGGGUGACUCUAAGGGCGAGGAGCAAGGAGGUUUAAGGAUCAGGGUCAGCAGAGAGGAGGUGGACUAUCAGGCGGAAGAGUGGUUCGAGGAUGUUGACGAGAGCGAACCUUUCUACUUUGAAUCGGACCACAUGGCCAUCAAAGGAAACAAAGAUUAUCGAAUGCUCCUUCGUACACUCACCACGCUAGAGGCACAACGGAAGCAAGCUGUUGUGGAUCUAGACAAAUUGUUGGAAUGCAACGACAAAGCCCUGAGAAACCCAAUCAAGUUUGUGCACAAGCUCCAACAUAAGGAUACACUACAUCUCCCCAUCUCGCAGCGAGUAGUGACUUUGCCGGAGAUCGACUGGGCUCGGUAUAUCGGAGCCCCCGAGACGAACGAGUUACUCGGCCUGGUGCAUCAACCAAGGAGUAUGAGGCCAUCUACUAAGACCACUAGCACCGCUGCACCUGUCUCUGCACCUUCCUUGACGACCCAAACCAAGCCGGCGACCAUGGCACCCCCAGCAGUACCAGCCGCAGUAACAGCAGGAGUACCAGUCAAUCUUGACAUGGAUACACCGUCUACGAGUAGCACACCAGACCUCAUGCAAACUGUUGAUGCUGUGGACUCCAAACACGAUCUGAAGAUUGAGCUGAUUCGAGGUCGUCCAGCAGAUGAGAGCAAAUCGGCAACUUUCAACCAGCUAUGGACAAGACAUGAACAGCGGAGGUUGGAGGAAUGUCUUCUCAAGUUCCCAAUGGAGGAUGUGGAGGCAAGACGAUGGGAAAAGAUAGCCAAGGCGCUCGGAAACCGAACUUCACAACAGGUGGCUAGCAGAGUACAAAAGUACUUUAUCAAGUUGAUGAAAGCUGGUAUGCCUGUACCAGGAAGACUACCAAACUUAACAACAUACCAGAACAAUAAGAAGACGGGCAAGAGGAUGCACCCCUUUACCAAGCCGCUGUACCAGCCCUCCACAUUCCUCCAGUCUGUCCUGCCCCCAGUAUUUAUGUCCGAUGAUGACCCUUACAGCUAUGGUUUUGACGAUGGUUUUGAUGAUGAUGAUGAUGAUGACGAUGAUACAAUAUCGGAUGACGAGACGAUUCCUUCAGUGUUAAGGAGCACCCCAGAAUAUCAGGAGUUACUCAAACUCAAGCAAAUCAAGAAGAGGAAAAUCAGGGUUCAGGGUCACGUUGGGUAUUGUUGCGAUGGGUGUGAGAUGGAGCCCAUCUUUGGCAUACGGUGGCAUUGCACGGAAUGCCCAGAGGAAGUUUCCACAGAUCUUUGCCAAAACUGUGUAGACUGCAACUUCAGCUCCAAGCACCAUUCCAGCACACACCGGAUGGAACCAGUUCAUACCAGUUACAGCCAGGGCUUUGUUGAUGGUGACUACACCAGUUUCGAGCCCAGUGUAGGAGAUUACAACUAUCUAGACCCCAACUAUAACCCGGCGCAAACGACCUGAUCAAGUUGACGAGAACUCUGUUAAAUACACAAUUUGUUUUGUUAUAUUUGUUCGUUCGUUUGGAUGAUAUUCUCAACAAGGGGACUAGACAAAGCUCCCAUAAGGGGAUAUAAACGCCAAGCCGACAAAACAGCCAACCUCAUUGGUUUAAACAUCUAUGAUCAAUAUGAGUUGCGCAAAUCGAUGAAUUGUGAUUCAGUAACGAGACAAUAAUACUUAUCUUAGUCAUUAUGAAAUCAGCGGUUAGCUUGGCUUGAUUUGAACCCUUAACCUUGUGACUGCAAGUCCUGCAGUUUAUGACCAACUGAGUAUAAAGCGACUUUUACUCUGGCUUAUGAUAAUUUAACACUCACGUCAUUACAUGUACAUGUAAAAUUUAAGUUGACUUGGAAAUACUGCAGUCUGGAACGCUGAUGAUUUGAUCAUGUACUGCAGACAAUCGUAUCCGACAUAUGGGUAUUUGGAGCAAAAGAGACCUCAUUAGUUACGAGUGGUACAUGUAUUUGGCCCAGGCCUCCAUUGUGUGGAUUUAUGUUGUUGGUAAAAGCAAAAUGGCCGCCAGAUUUGUCAGCCAGAUUUGUCAGCUUUUUGGGGAAUAAUUUCUAAUGGUUUCUCUCAUCGGGAACUCUGGUUAAGAAUAUCUUGAAAUGUUUUAGAUCUUUAUAGAAUAAUGUUAUUUAAAGGAUUAAAUGUUAUGUUGUGCGUUAUUGAACAAGAUAGAGAACAAGAUGCAGAAAGAAGUAUAAUAGUUGAGGUGUAAUAAAUAAUGGGCCAGAAUUUCAUAAUUAAUUGAAAAAUAAUACUGUUUACCUUGAUGUAGAACAGAGCCAAUUGUGGAUGGAAUUUUUGGGGGCUGCUGUCUUCUUUGCCCUUCUCUUGGCCCUGUUUGUGGCCUUGGUGUCUCUUAAUUAUUCCCCAAACAAUCUGACUUUCAUAAGGAAGUGUUCUGUUCAGAUAAAGCCUGCCCUCACCUGUGCAAGACCAUUUGACUUGUUGCAGUGCAGUAGCACACUAUGGGUUUCACUGGUAUUUGGGUGUGUGUUUUUCAGUCGAUGUACAUGUACUUUAUUUAAAAAGCAAGCAUGAAAUAUUUUGAUAAAAUUUGAGGAUGCAAAAUUAAUUUUGAUAUUUGAAGAAAACAAAAUGCACCCCACAGGUCAACGGUCCAAUACUAAGAAGUUGUUUAGCAGAAUGUGUUACCUAGCAAACAAAUAACAGGGCACCAGUUACAACAAUGAAUAAUAUGGCAUUUUAGCUGGUUCCAUUUCAGCUAAAAGCAAGGGAGUUACAAGCUGUAUGUAAUUAGACUAGGGUCCAAUUUGUACAAAAAAAUGUUAAAGCAAAUUAAUUUGUUUAGCACAGAAAAUAUUUCUGCUUAGCAGAUUUGUUACCAGGUACAAUUUAUGACAAUAAAGUUACCAUGACAUUUUCA